CUGUCUACCAAAGCUUCUGUUCUUCGAUUUGGUGCUUCUUUUGACCAAAACCCUACAAUUUCUAUGCAAUUGCAUCAUUUCCUGCUAAUUUGCAUCCAGGGAUCGUGAUUCAGUUCUUUCUUUGUUGAUUUGUUCAGAUCUUCACGUGUUUGUCUAAAAUGCGUGCACCAUCAUUGUUUACACAAUGUUUGCCUGGCUUGGCGCCCCAUGACUGGGUAGCUCAAAGCAUGUCCAUCGCAUCUGAUAAGGAGAUGCAUCUGCCUUCACCAGCUGUUGAGAUUAUACCCUCUAAGAUGGGAUACCCGCACAGAUAUGCUGGUGAGAGCAUAGACGGGCAAGGAGUAAACCUCUUGAAGGGCAGAGUUAGUGUCUCAGAUCUUAUAGGCACAGAGUUGAUUUCAUCAAAACCUGAUGCAUCUUUGAAAUCCUGGGAUAGCUCGUUUGAACUUGUUAACAUCCUUAAGCAUGAGAUUCGGGAUGGACAGCUAAGCUUCAGAGGCAAAAGGGUGCUUGAGCUUAGUUGUGGCUAUGGAAUCCCAGGGAUCUUUGCUUGUCUGAAGGGAGCUUCAACAGUACACUUUCAAGAUUUAAAUGCCGAAACUAUAAGAUGCACAACUAUCCCAAAUGUCCUGGUCAAUCUUGAGCAGGCUCGGGACAGGCAGAGCCGUCAGCCUGAGAGUCCCCUUACACCGUCAAGGCAGAUUCUUUCCCCUGUGGUUCACUUUUAUGCUGGACAGUGGGAAGAGCUUGCUGGAGUCUUAUCUGUUGUAAAGAACAAUGUACUGGAAGUGCCGCCACCAACGAACCUCAGCUUCUCGGAGGAGGAUUUUAUGGAUGGAUUUAGUAGCCAUGAUGGUAGCAUCAUGGGACAAGAAAAUUCCUCGAGGCGAUCAACGAGGCUUUCAGGAAGUAGGGUCUGGGAGAGGGCUAAUGACACAGACAUUGGAGGAGGAUAUGACGUCAUAUUGAUGACUGAUAUUCCUCAUUCAGCAACUUCUUUGAAAAAGCUGUUUGCAUUAAUUAAAAAGUGCUUGAAGCCUCCUUAUGGAGCAUUGUUCUUUGCCACAAAAAAACAUUAUGUUGGCUUCAACAGCGCAGCACGGCAAUUAAGAAGCCUGGUAGACGAGGAAGGUAUUUUUGGAGCUCAUUUAGUUAAAGAAACGACAGACGCAGAAAUUUGGAAGUUCUUUCUUAAAUGAACACAUGAUCAAGCAUCCACAAGAAAUGAUCAGUGAGAUUACCACCAGAUUGUUAAAUCUUUCAUUUUUUUUAACCCUUAUAGCCUUUGCUAGUUGCAUGUCUAGAGCAUAUGGCUUAUAUGUUCAGCUUAUAAUUGAAGAGAGAAAUGAUACUGAGCUUCCAAUUUUUUUGCCUUGUGUUACCAUCUUUAUUUCAUUUCCCAUCCAGUAUCUACUUCACUUUUUAGCUGUACAUUUUAAUAGUUACUGAUUCUAUUGGUUCUUUUAUUAGACAGUUAACUGUAUUACUUCCUUAACUUUAAAAUGUAUUAUUCAAA